GCGGAAGCCAUCGCGGCGGGUGCGCGGCGGUAAGAAGGUUGAGCUCAGCCGCGAGUACGUCUACGACGAGGACGAGGACGAGGACGACGACGAGCCGGCGGUCGAGCCGAGCACCGGCGAUAUCAGCGGCCGCUUCACCCCCGAGCCGCACGCUGCCAACAGCAGCAACCAUGCUGAAAUGGCGGCGGCGGCGCCGAGGACACUGCCAAUGGAUAACUACAGCGUGGACGAGCAUGUGCAGGCGUACAUCCACCAUGUGAAGCAGCGCACGGACCGUGCUGUGGCCAAGUACGAGGAGCGCGAGAAGCGCAAGGCGCUGCGUAUGCACGAGCACGUGGUGCAGCGGUACGGCCCGUAUCUGCGUGGGUACCACGAGCGCACAGGGCAGCCAGGGCCCGUGGAGCAGAACCGCGACGGGCGGGGGGGCUCCUUUGCCAACGGGGACGCGUUUUCCAACGGAGACGCGUUCGCCGACGAGGACGCGUACGCCGACAACGGCAACGCGUGCACCGCGGUGCAGGUGCCGCCGAUGGGGUACUUUUCGCCGGCGCGCGCGGACUCGCCCACUGGGUCGGCUGGGUCGGUGGCCAGCGAGCCGCUGGCGCGCCACAUUGACGAUGGUGCCCUGCGGCCUAGCAAGCCCGGGCGCAGCACGCUGUGGAGCACGCUGGCAGUCGAACACAUUCCGCGCGCGCACCGCCACAUGCACACGCACGCGGCGACACGCACGGCCAACCUGCGCAAGGUGGUGCUGCUCGGCCAGCGCGAGGCGCGGCGGCUCUACGGCGGCCCGGCGCUGGUGCGCGGCAGCCAGCCGAACGCGUCUGCGCCCGCGCAGCCGCCGAUUGCUGUGCGCGCGCCCAAGGAGCUGCUGACGCGCGCGCGCCGCAGCAUGCGCGAGAUGCUGAUGUUUUGGAAGCGCCAUGAGAAGGAGGAGCGUGAGAUGCGCAAGCGCGCUGAGCGCGAGGCGGCCGAGCGGCUGAAGCAGGAGGAGGAGGCGCGUGAGUCGCGGCGCCAGACGCGCAAGCUUAAUUUCUUGAUCACGCAGACGGAGCUCUACAGCCACUUUGUCGGCAGCAAGAUGGGCGAGGGCGUGCAGCAGCUGCGCGCGGGCGGUAGUGGCGAUGGCGAUGGCGAUGCGGCUGGUGGCGCGGCGCCGGUCCUGGGCGACAUUGACUUUGACGCCGACGACGAUGCCAGCCUGGCCGCCCAGGCGCGGCGUGGCGCCCAGAACGCGCUUGCUGCCGCGCAGGCGCAGACCCGCGAGUUCGACGACGUCCGCCGCCAGCAGCGCGAGGCACGAGACGACGGUGGCGCCGAGACGCAGGACGCCAACGUCGCCGAGGCGCUCGACGCCAUGGACUUUCUGGACCCAGAGACCAUGGCCGGCACAACGGACAUUGCACAGCCGCGCAUGCUCAUGUGCCAGCUCAAGGAGUACCAGCUCAAGGGCCUGAACUGGCUGGCCAACCUGUACGAGCAGGGCAUCAACGGAAUCCUGGCGGACGAGAUGGGGCUUGGCAAGACCGUGCAGUCGAUCUCGCUGCUGGCGUACCUGGCCGAGACCCACAACAUCUGGGGGCCGUUCAUGGUUGUGGCGCCGGCAUCGACGCUGCAUAACUGGCAGCAGGAGCUGGCGCGCUUCGUGCCCGAGUUCAAGGUCCUGCCGUACUGGGGCUCGCAGAAGGACCGCAAGGUGCUGCGCAAGUCGCUGUGGAACCCCAAGAACCUUUCACGCAAGGACUCUGCCUUCCACGUGCUUGUCACCUCGUACCAGCUGAUCGUGUCCGAUGAAGCGUAUCUUAACCGCGUCAAGUGGCAGUACAUGGUGCUGGACGAGGCCCAGGCGAUCAAGAGCUCGACUUCGGCGCGCUGGAAGACCUUGCUCGGCUUCCAUUGCCGCAACCGGCUGCUGCUCACCGGCACGCCAAUCCAGAACAGCAUGCAGGAGCUGUGGGCGCUGCUGCACUUUAUCAUGCCAACGCUGUUCGACUCUCACGAGGAGUUCAGCGAGUGGUUCUCGCGCGACAUCGAGGCCCAUGCCGAGAACCGCUCGACGCUAAACCGCCACCAGCUGCAGCGCCUGCACGUUAUCCUCAAGCCCUUCAUGCUGCGCCGCCACAAGCGCCACGUGCAGCACGAGCUUGGCGAGAAGAUCGAGCACCUUGUGCCGUGCGACCUGACACAGCGGCAGAAGGUCAUGUACCGCGGUCUGAUGAGCAAGAUCUCGGUUCCGGACCUGCUGGAGCGGCUGCAGAGCGGCUCGGGGCAUGGCGGCAAGGAGGAUUCGGAAGAGAGCCUGAUGAACCUGGUCAUGCAGUUCCGCAAGGUCUGCAGCCACCCGGAGCUGUUCGAGCGCGCCGAGGUCGACAGUCCCUACGUCGUGGGGAACUUCCCGACGACCGGGUCGCUGGCGCGCGAGGGCGACGAGCUCGCGUAUUCCUUUUCCACGCGCAGUCUGGCCGCCUACCAAAUACCCAAGAUGCUGUACCGCGAGUCCCUCGAUGUGCCGAACGUGCGCACCGUGCGCCAGAGCCUGCUUCAAAACCGGCUCUCCCUAUGGUCACCAGAGAACAUUGCGCACGACUCGAGCGACAGUGGACUCUUUGGCUUGCUGCGGCUGUGCGAGCCGUCGGCGAGCUUGGCGAUCCGCGCGUUUACGGGGUCGCUGUCUGAGCGCCUGGAUGAUCUUGCUGAGCUGAGGGAGCAGCAGGCCGGGCGGGUGCAGUACCAGGCGAUGUGCGCACAGGCAGGCGAGCGGCCGGUGUGCGCCGGGCAGCAGGUGUCGGUGAUGCAUGCAUUGAUGAAUGUAUUUACACCGGAGAGUCUCCGCGUGUCGCCGGCCCUGGCGUCCUUGGCGCUGGUGACCACCAAUGGGUUUGAGCACUCGCCGAUGAGUCUUAUAUCCCCUGCAUACAAGCCGCCUGCCGUGUCACCACCCGCCGACCUUGUCAUUAGCGACCGCUCGGCGGUCUGGGAGAAUGAGAGUAUGCUGCUGGCGAAUCCGCUGGCUAAGCGCGUGACGUGUGGUCGCGACUUCUCGCCUGAGAUUGACUGGUCCCAGCCGUUCCGCGCCCAGGGGCUGACGGAUAUCUGGAUGCCGUCGAUGGAUAACCUCAUCCGGUACUCGGGCAAAAUGGCAGUCCUGGACCGGCUGCUGGUGCGGCUCAAGCAGGAGGGCCACCGGGUGCUUUUGUACUUCCAGAUGACCAAGAUGAUUGACCUGUUCGAGGAGUACCUGGCGUACCGCAAGUACACGUACCUGCGGCUUGACGGCUCGUCCAAAAUCUCGGACCGCCGCGACAUGGUUAUGGACUGGCAAACGCGCGACGAUAUUUUUAUAUUUUUGCUGAGCACCAGAGCUGGCGGCCUGGGCAUUAACCUGACGGCUGCCGAUACGGUUAUCUUUUUUGAGAGUGACUGGAACCCAACAGUUGAUAGCCAGGCGAUGGAUCGCGCGCAUCGGUUGGGCCAGACGAAGCAGGUUGUUGUUUAUCGGCUGAUUACCCGUGGAACUGUCGAGGAGCGUAUUUUGGAGCGCGCAAGGCAGAAGGAUGAGAUUCACCGGAUUGUCAUUGCUGGCGGCGACUCGAACGCCGAUGAUGCCGCCGCCGCCACCGCUGCUGCUGCUUGUGCUUCUGAUAAUGCUGCCAAGGGAGAUGCUGCUGCUGCGGCGCCGGCUUCGGAAGGGUUUUCGUCAAACUUUGAGCCAAGCUCAAAAGAAAUCGUCUCUUUGCUUCUUGGAGAGACUGCCGACGACGAGAGCAUAGUGCGCAGCGAACGACUAACCAUGGCCCGACACGCCCAACAGACCUCCAACCGCAUCUAUGGCCCCGAACCUAGCAAGUACCCGGGUUUGCCUGACAUUGCCACAUUUGGCGAAGACUGGGACUCUGUGGUUUUGCUUCCGCCACCCAAUAUUUCUGCCCAACAGCGGACAGCUGCUGCCACUAUCACGGGCCCUUUGGAUGGCGUCAUUGAUGCGGCGAUUGAGUUGCAGGCUUGUGAGAAACAAGCGCGCGAGCGUGAGUUAAUGAUGAUGCAGAGACAGAGGAAUAAGACGGCGGGACGGGGGUCCGCUAGGGGUGGAGUGGCGGCCGCUGGGCGCGGGGGCAAGCGUGGCGGUGCUGUUAAUGCGGUGCGCAGCGAGAAGCGGAAGGCGCGCGCGCCAGCUGAGGAGCAGCAGCAGCAACAGCAGCUGAAGGCAGUGGAGACCGCGGGGAAUAGCAAGGCAGAAAUACUGGAACCUGGCAGUAAGCGGAUUCGCACAGCGGAGAGUGGCAUGGAGAUUGCAGCUGCGAGUACGGCAGUGCCAAGUAUUGCGGAGGCGUCGGAGUCUGGAACCGAUGGAACCUCUGUAAUCGAGCCUGUGGAGGCUGCGGUCGAUGCGUGUUGAGCCUCAGCAGGAUAUUUUUCGACUGUUUUUGAUGCACCUAGAAGUUGCUAAUUAAAAUAUUUACUUUUUAGGUCUAUUAUUCAUGUCAAUUAAUUUUUAUUUUAUUUUAUUAGGUUUUGGUUUUGGUUUUCUUU